UCACUUCAACACUUCCCCAAACAGCACCACUAAAAGCCAAAGAAAAUAAUUUCGAAACAAGGAAAAAGAAAAAUGCAGAAAGCUCAAAAGAUCAUCUUUGAGUAAACUUUGGAUUCUUGGUAAUUAGUCCACAAAUUCAAGCACCCUUUUGGGUGAAAGAAAAUGGGUUGUCGUGUAUUUGAUGUUUUGUGGGCUCAGUCAAUGACUUUUACCAUAAAAAAGAAAGUCUGCAGUGAGGCGGAAUGAGAAUUAAAUACUGGCUUCACAAAAGAAAAAGUAGAUUUAGUGGGAGAUUGCGGAAGAUGAUGAAAUGCAUUUGUUCUGGGGAGCAGCUAAGAGUUGAUGAAAUAAUUCCUUCAUCAGAGUCUUUGGCAACCAGGGACUACUCAGCAAGCGGAUUUUCUUCUCGAACUGGUGAAGCUGAUACAAAGGUUGAUACUAGCAACAUUGAAGAAGCCGAAUCUUCACUACGUGAGAGUGGCUAUUUGAAUUAUGAGGAAGCGAGAGCUUUAUUGGGGCGACUUGAGUUUCAAAAAGGAAACUUAGAGGCUGCUCUUCAUGUUUUUGAAGGCAUAGACAUUGCUGCUGUGACUCCCAAGAUAAAACUUUCAAUUGCUAGAAGAUGUGAGCUCCCCAGACGUCUUUCACAAAGUGAUCCAGGUCCACCUAUGUCGAUGCAUGCUGUAAGUUUGCUCAUUGAGGCAAUUUUUAUGAAAGCAAAAUCACUUCUGGCCCUCAGAAGAUUCACAGAAGCUGCUCAAUCAUGUAAAAUAAUUUUGGACACUGUUGAAGCUGCAGCCCCGGAAGGCCUGCCUGAAAGUUUUGUUUCUGACUGUAAAUUAUUGGAUACAUUAAACAAGGCUGUUGAGUUGCUUCCAGAGUUGUGGAAACUUGCCGAUGUUCCUCAAGAAGCAAUUUUAUCAUAUAGGCGUGCUCUUCUGUAUCAGUGGAAUCUUGACAUGGAAACCAGAACCAAAUUAGAAAAGGAGUUUGCAACCUUUCUUCUCUAUAGCGGCACUGAUGCAGCCCCUCCAAAUCUCCGCUCCCAGACAGAGGGGUCAUUCAUUCCACGAAACAAUAUUGAAGAGGCUGUACUCCUCCUAUUAAUUCUGCUAAGAAAGUUUGUUACGAAGAGAAUUGGAUGGGAUCCAUCAGUUAUUGAUCAUCUGUGUUUUGCAUUAUCGAUCGCGGAUGAAUUUAGUACUGCUGCACACCAGAUUGAGGAGUUGCCUCCUGGAAUAAUUGAAGACAGAGAAAAAUAUACUACUCUAGCACUCUGCUAUUGUGGGGAAGGGGAAAGCUUGGUGGCUUUAAACUUAUUAAGGAACAUACUGAAUAACAAAGAGAACCAUAAUUGCAUAUUUGAGCUCUUACUUGCAUCAAAGAUCUGUGGAGAGAAUUCUGAAUAUCUUGAAGAAGGUGAAGCAUAUGCUCACAAAGUGGUUUCCAAGUUUCAGGGAAGAUGUGACCAUUUGGCAAGCAUUGCUCAUUACUUAAUUGGAGUUUCACUCUCGGCUCAAUCAAAAAAGGUUUGCUCAGAUUCUCAGAAAAUCUCCAGACAGUCUGAAGCAAUUGAGGCACUUGAAACUGCCCAAAGACUGACAGAUGACACUAAUCCUAAUGUGCUUUAUUAUCUUAGUCUUGAAAAUGCUGAACAGAGAAAAUUGGGGGCCGCUCUUUAUUAUGCGAAGAAAGUAUUGAAAAUUGAGGCAGGAUCUGGUCUAAAGGGAUGGAUUCUUCUAGCCCGCAUACUGUCUGCUCAGAAAAGGUAUGGAGAUGCUGAAAGCAUAAUAAAUGCUGCUUUAGAUGAGACAGGAAAGUGGGAUCAGGGAGAAUUGCUAAGAACCAAGGCUAAACUGCAGAUUGCGCAGGGUCGUCUGAAGGAUGCCAUUGCGACAUAUACUCAUCUUCUUGCUGUUCUUCAAGUUCAGAAAAAAAGUUUUGGUGUCCAUAAGAAGCUCUUGAGGAACAGGAGGAACAUUAACAGAAGUUUAGAAUUGGAGACAUGGCAUGACCUUGCAAACGUAUACACAAGCUUGUCACAGUGGCGGGAUGCUGAGGCUUGUCUUGUGAAGUCGGAGGCUAUUAAUCCUCAUUCUGCUUCUAGACUGCACUCAACAGGUGUACUUUAUGAAGCAAGGGGCAUGAAGAAUGAAGCCCUGAAAUUUUUUGAGGCGGCAUUGAACAUCGAACCAGACCAUGUUCCGAGUUUGAUAUCUGUUGCAACUGUUUUACGACAACUGAGUAACCAAUCACUGCCAGUUGUGAAGAGCUUUCUUUCUGAUGCAUUGCGCCUUGAUAGAACAAACCCUUCUGCAUGGUACAACCUUGGUCUGCUCUACAAAAGUGAAAUUGGAACGUCAAUACUAGAAGCUGCUGAAUGUUUUGAGGCAGCUGCUCUUCUCCAGGAGUCUGCACCAGUGGAACCUUUCAGAUGAUACCAAUCAAAAUCUUGAUCUCAAACGUGUAUAUACCAUACCACCAGUUGAGGGCAGAGAGAAGAUUGGCAUGCCAUCGAUUUACAGGUGUAUAAACUUCUGGAGAAUGUGUAAUCAAGAUCACAUUUUGGUGUAACCACUUCAAACACUUUGUAGUGUACAUAAUUUUGUUGUCGGUGAAUUUCUUUGCUUUUGCUUUUUCGUUUUUCUUCGCUGACUUUAAUUUUGUUUUUGUUAUGGAUUCAAGAUGAAAUUUUGUUCUUGGUACUAGCACUUGAAUAUAUUCUCUUUACUAGCAACUUGCUAAAGUAAAGGAAAUAGCCCCUAGCAAAUUCUCAUUC